UUGUACUAGACCCACUCUGUAAAGGUUCAGGGUCUUGGUUUAUAAUAUAAAAUGAACUAACUGUUCCAUGUACAACAUACUCCGUAGCAGAUAUUUUGUUUGAAGUUUAAUGUUGGAGUUGGAGACGUUGGAAAUUGGAGUGAGCAAUGAUAUGUAAUUUUGAAUAAGUUUGGCGCCAAGUGGAACUAUCUGGAAGCAGCGCAACAACCAUGCCUUUAAAUAAGAGCACUAGAAAUUGUGCUCUGAACUUCUGAACUUAAAUUGUGCUCUGAACUUCUGAACUUGGAGAAAUGGGCGGGGCUAUAAUUCUCACAACAUCAUUUUCUCUGGUCGGAGGGCUCUUUCACCUAUGGAGCACCAAGCAUUUCACCUUUUCAAUGCUAAUUAUGUCCCUUUGGUGUGCUACAGGAGUGAUGAGUAUUGUGGUGGAUGGGAUGACAGCUGAUAGAUGGACCUAUUUUGUGGCAGUCACCAUCCACAAUCUAUUCAACUUUGGAGGCUUAAUUAUGUGGAAGUACAUGAAGUCAAUGACGGACAUGAGAGUAUACAAGAAGGAAAUUGAGAUUUGGAUUACAAUGGCGUUGCUCAGUGUUGCCGAGAUGUUGUAUUUGAUGUACCAGACCUCUUGCAUAUCACUUGACUCUCCCCGCGCAUGGUAUGAUGAAUUCGCUAAGUACGACAAGCUGUAUACGGUUGCAAUUGGCAUCGUAACAAUCUAUGAACAAUGGAUUACUAAAUACAUUGAGUUUAGAGCCAAUAAGAGAAUGAGUAGCUCCCACCGUGCGCUCCUAAACACUUUUACUCACCUCGUUCAUCAAUCUCUUGUGGGAGGUCCUGCGGCUGCCGAUGAUCUCAGACACCAAUUCUAUAAAUUCAUUAAGGAUGCUGAACUGAUUUUGGGGAUUCCGCCGGAGAUGGGCAUGCUGAAGAAGGGGAGUUGGGCCUCAGUGUAGGGGUAGGGGUAGUCCACUGUUAAUCAAUACUUGUAUGGUGUUUCAGUAAGCUUGUGUCUCUGUUGAUUGUCGAUAAAAAAAAAUACUGAUUAAACGAAUGAAGCUUGUGUCUCUGUUCUCUACUCUCUAGGGGUAGGGGUAGUCCUCUGUUAAACAAUACUUGUAUGGUGUUUCAGUAAGCUUGUAUCUCUGUGGUGUUUCAAUUCGAAUGAAGCUUGUGUUUAAACGAAUGAAGCUUGUGUUCUCAAAGUUAUGGGCAUUUUAGUAAAUUCAAAAAUCCAUAUAAAU